UGUCGUUAUUUUACUCGUAUCAUGUGAUAGGAAAUGUCAAAAGAGUUCCACGAUAGUCAUGACAAUUGACACUUCAAAUUCUUUUUGAUAAAGAAAACAGUCUUGUAAUUUACUGUAAUUAUCUAAAUAAAAUUUUCAGUGUAAUUGGAAAAUGAAGUCAAAUACUACCAAACCGACUGAAAAUAGUGCUGAAGACAACAAUGAAGAAAUGGAGAUGGAAGAGGAAACUGAAGAACAAGAACAAGAGUACGAAACAUUGAAUUCCAAAAUCGACCAACUGAAUUUGGUUCUUGACGUGUUGGAGAGGAAGAACGACGACAUUCAGGCGCAGUUGGUGGCACUCCUCAAGUCUAGCAGAGAGGAAAGAGAGAAACAACAGCCGAGCGGAGAGAAGCCAACGUCAUAGACUGCCCACAUUAAAUGUUGUUAAUUACAUCAACCUGUGUUGAUAUAACUUGAUUUAAAUAAUUCCAUAGAAAAACCAACCGCUUUUCCUGUUCCUUAUUCAUGAACGAAUAAAAAGUUACAAUGAACAUAUUGUAUGUGAUAUUGAUUCAAAAGUAGGUCAGUGUUAACAUGGUUUCAUACUGAACUGUUGUAAUUUCUCAACCAAUGUUAUGAUUGCAAAUCAAAAUCAUCCGUUUACUUUUUUAAUUCUCUAAUACAAAUGAGCAAUAAGAUGGCUGUGGGAGGAGAAAAAAAGAAUAGGAGAUGGAUGGAGAGGGGUUUGGAUAUUUUCUUUGUUGAACUUUUUGUCUUAUUAGGUCUAUAAUUUCCAGUUCAAAACUACUACAUGUAGUUAGAUUUUAAUCCUGGAUGAAUUUCACUGUUACAAAGUAGGCUUAAAAGGUACUCAAGCAAUGUAUUGUUGUUACUAGAUUUGGAUUUCAGUAUACAGUUUACAUGAUCAAUAUUUUAAAUGAUUUAAAAAUACAUAACUAUUAUUUGCAAUGUAUAAAAUUUAAACAACCUUACGAAAUGAAACACCUGUCUUUACACAUUCCAGUAUAAUUAACAGAAUCCACAAGUUAUGUAAAAUUGUGUAAAUAAAAUUGUAGCUAGCUCGCUCUGUUUA